UGUACUAUAAAAUUUAAAAGAAUGGACCCACGACGUUUUCAGUUUCACCCUCUCCCGGUGCUCCUCGUCCUUGCUCCGAAGCGGACAAGAAUGUACGAGCGCACUCUUGAAGUGUGAUAAGCGGCAGUGUUACACCCAACGGUCCUCCGAUUGGACCUGGAGGCAUGGAGGAGGAUGUUUGUCCGGUUUCUGGGCUUGGUCAUGCUCCUCGGCUUGGCCGUGCCAACCUCGGGAGAUCCACCGAACCAGCACAUUGAGGAAGAAAAUAAUUUCAAGAUGGCCUUCGAAAGAGCUACGGCUGACGUGUUAGGAGAAGUACAACAAGCACAUCGCUCUGGUGCUACUGAGGCGCCAACUGCUGCUGACAAUGAGAUAAUGGUUGUCAUUCCUUCGUCUAGCUAUACAACUAGUACUGCUUCACCAUCGACGACAACUACCGUGUCCGCAACGUCAACUGCGCAUCAUCCGCCUAGUAAAGCGACCGUGGUGUCGUCUACAUCGUCUAGUGAAGAAGCAUCAUCUGGCUCAUCAGAAGCAUCACCAGCAAAACCUUUACAGAAGGACGAAAGAACAUUCAAGGGCUCGCCUUCAUCAACGUCUUCAUCAUUCGAAGAACUACAAGAAAAACCUUCGUCUAGUUCUGGUUCACGACCUUCUGCCAAGAAGAGAAUGACAGAACGAGAGCGACAUGAAAAAAUAGUGAAGGAACUUAUUUUAUGGCGACGGGCUGUGAAGAUAGAUUCGAAUUCAUCCUCAAUCAAUCUCAUCCACCUUUCUUGGUCAUUUUCCUCUGUGUACGGGAAAAAACCAUCUCUGGCAGCUACGAGGGUAGUUCGCAGGACCAGGCUCUAACGGCAGACUACGACAUUAACGCCAUAGCCAAAGCCAGCGCGCCGUUUCGGAAGCAGCAGAAAGAAUUGGCUGACACUUUGCAGUCUCUGACGUCAGACCUCAAGGAAUCGGAAUGGAACGCCUUGUUCGAUAUUCAGGCUCAAAAACGUGCUGAGUACAGCAUAAAAUCAGCCUUAGAAGAAGUGCGGGAGCUGCUCUUGCACCAAAUCACGAAGAAAGAUUUGUAUCGGGUACUAGAAGUAAGAUCUUUCGUUCUUUCACUCCAAUGUUGAUGAUGAAGAUAGAUGUUCAUCUAGGUGGUCGUGGUUCUUCUUCAUUGAUUUAAAUACUUACACAGUUGUUCUUGUUAGCUGCUCGAGAGAAAUCCGUAUCCGUACGAUCCGUUUCUCCUUCCAGGUCCAUCGCGCACUCCUGAGUCGUGGCUUACUCCCAAGACAAAGGAUAACGGCUGUCGAAGUAAGUCGGAAGAUACCUACUUUCGACGACUUCUAUUUCGAUUGGCGAGACGCCUUUGACAAUGAAGCGGAUGAUUACCGGAAACUACGUCGCGACUUCCAGAAGCAAGCUAGAAAACAUGCUGCGAAAGCUGCGAAAGCUAGAAAGAAACAGGAGAAGGCCAAGGACGAGCAAGAGAAUAAAGAGGAUGCUGGUCCAAGUAGCGGAAGUGAAGAAAAAAAAGCAAAUGCUGUAGAUGACUCUGGUGAUUGGUUGACAAAGGUUCAAUAUGUGAAGCGUGUUUUAGUAAGUCCGACUGAAGACGCGGAUAUUUUGCCACUCAUACAACCGGUAUUUUCAUCGGAUUCGGAUAGGACAAAAACUGGUGCAAGCGACCUCGGCGAUUACUCGGAGGAAACGGCUACAGAGUUUUGGAGGAAAAGACGAGCGGCGCGGGUAGGUACUGGCAAGGAAGAUGGGAUAGGAGACGAAAAGUCUGAAAUAAAGACAGAUGCAGCAGAAGAGAAAAAGAAGUCGUCAGUUAAGAGACUCAAUCGUUCAUUUCCGAAUCGACAGAGGUACGGAGGUUAUCGGGUCAGAUUCUCUAUGUUUGGUAAAAGAGGGAUUCUCAAACACGACCUACACCAGUAAGGAGUGAACAAUUUUCUUUACAGCUCUAAGAAAACCCUCGAGCAGGACAAGCUCAGCAAGGCUGAAGCUGCAGCAGCUAAUGCGGUUCUGAAACAGUACCGUCACGAGUGGCAGGAGUGUAGUGCAGAGGAGGCUAGAUCUGGCGACAACUGCUAUGCUGUUGAGGAUUUGAUGUCGCCAGAUGGACUAGAGCUCCCUCCAGGAGGGCCUGGCGCAAAAGCUGGAUCGACUCCAGCAAGUGCAGGAUCAUCUUCAUUACAGAAAGAGGAGUUGAAUAUGGACCACGAGGAAAAGAUGGACACAAGAACUCGUCAAAAGGAGGGCAAGCUGUCAGAGGAGGAAAGGGUGAAGAAGGAACUAGAACAUCUAGACGGAGAACAAGAACGAUCUACUGCUUCUGCAACUAGUACAAUAAAGGAUGUUGCGACCACGACAGAGGAUGCGACCACACGACAGGAUAAAAGAGAUGAAGACGAAUACGAAGAAGAGCGUUGUGUCGUGCCUCUUUUACCGGAUAGUUUAAAGCCAAUUUUACUCUCCAUCUACGAGCGGUUUGCAGAGAUUCCGACUCAGUUUCCACCUGUUCCAACAGACGCUUCGACUUCGUUGCGAAUUUCUACAAAUAACAAACUAUGGGGCAGCUCUACGAAAAAGGACGGGUCCACCACCGAGGAGACAGGUGCAACAGAGACAUCCUCUACUAGCGAUAAAAAUCCACCACCCCCUUGGACCGGCAAUUACGUUUUAGCCCAUACCAAUUUUCUCUUCGACCUCCCCGCUUACAAGCGCGAAGGCCCUGGGAAGAAAUUUUACCUUUUUUCUGGUGGUUCCGCUGGAGACAUCGUCAAUGGCGUAUGGGUGAUCGCAGAUAGCUUGCCGCGAUCAGAAAAAAAUGCACGUGCGGUAGUCCGCAAAGAUCCUGCGGCUUUUGCUGCCCGAUCAUCCCAUCAUGAUGGAAAAAUGCCGUAUCAACUAGAAUCAGACGACUGGUUUGCUCCGCCACAAAAGAAAAGUGCAGCAAUGGCAUCCGCGUUUGUUUCAAUAUCUUCGGAGACUAGUACAGCUCCCAGCACGACUACUUCCACUUCUUCGUCGCCAUCAUCAUCUUCCUCUACCUCUAGUACACCUUCUUCCCCUUCUUCUAGUCCAACUUCGAGUUUAAUACAAUCACCGACUAGUUCCUUUAGUGAAGAGCAAGGUGGACCAGCUUCUCCGACGCGACGUCCAUCUACAAUUAAGGCUCAACCUUCAUUGGUCACCAUUUAGAUUCGAGUCACUGAAAUCGAAGAGGGCCCCCUUGAGAGAACAGGGGAAAGGUGAGGGAAAACAAGUAGAGAGAUGUGGGGUCCCUCUCGUUCAGAGUCAGUGACCAAUGACUCCUGCUGACCUUUAAUACAAGGAGUCUGCUAGAAGACACUCGUCGAGUCAUCUUCGUCAAAGCAGCUAAAGACGUGGACGGAAUGUUGCCACCAGUUAGCAGGCUCUCCACAGCGCCUUUGACGGAACGCCUAAAACUCUUCGCUCGUAUAGUAGCGCAGGGAUAUAAGGUACGAUGUGUGCUUCCAACGAUUAGAACCCCUAGUCGUGGUACUGCAGCUUCUGAAAGUGGUACGAUAGGAGGUGCUUCUGAAAGUGGUAGAAGUGGGCUAGUGGAGAUCAAGAGUGGAGGAAUUGGCCACGGAGAUCGGGACGCACCGCAGGGUGCAGGGCCACAGCAACACGAGGCAGAGUCAGCUUCAGCUCCAGAUGUCGCAGUAGAUUGGGAGUAUGGCUAGUGGUCAUCUUUGAUUGAAAUUUUUUGAUUGAGUCUCCAAUUUCAAAAGUUAUAUAUUCCCAUGAUCCAAGCUAAAAAAUUCAGAUCAAGAUACCGACGACCAUUCUUUCCCUCCAAUCUCCCGAAGCCUCCUCAUCGCACCACGACACUGAGGAAAGAGACGAAGAAAUCGAGAAUAUGCUAGAAGACGACUUGGAUGCUGUCCUUGCCGGGUCUCGUGCUGAGCUCACGCACAAAGAGCUGACCAAACGUUUCCAGACAAGUCAUCACUAUGGUUUAGCGGUAACCAAUCCCAGUGACCCCACUGACAAAGUAGUCUUAACCCCACGUGAUUUGGAAAGAAUGGGUCUCUUCAAGAAUCUAGGGAACAAAGUUCUCUAUGAGGUGCAGGGUGAAGGAGCAACGCAGCGGAGUCGAGAUGCAGAGGAACAGUGCGAGAUGUUGUGGAUGGACCUGUUUGACUCUUCGCCUGAUUACGGAGAACGUGCACGGCUAGCCACUCUGACAGCACCGAGUGAAAUCCUAUCGUCGUAUCUCUACGUAGACGACGUGGAUGGAUCGCCGAUGUUGGGAAAACCAGGAUCAUCAAGAAAGGGAACCACAACACAAUACGAAAUUCCGACGCCCCCUGAGAUUGCUGACCCGAAGACCGAUCUCUUCGACAAGAAGGAGAUGAAAAGACUCGAAGCAGCCUCUGAGCCAGGCGCUUUGACUAUUAUGCUCGACGGUGGAUUACUAGAGUAGUUGUGAUCUCAAAAAUCCUUGUUCGGAGCACAUGAAGAAGGAGGUCUAUGAUGUGCUUAUACCAUAUAGUAGUAACAUGGAGGUCAUUGAUGUUCUUAUAAAAAUCCAUGCAUUUUUAUAAGUUUCCGUUUCUUUUCCUCGAGACAUUUUUUUUUCAGUUCAAGAACACGCACAUGACAUCAACCGACAGUUUAUUUUUGUCAUGGUAAGAGGUGCAUCGUCAUGGUAAGAGGCCGCUCCUUGAAAUUGAAAAGGCAACAACAAGAAAAUACAACUUAGUUAAAGCAACUAACUUCAUACCAACUGUGGUUUCUAAUGUUCGCGAACUCAAACCGAGACCGGAAACGAAGGCGGCGGGGGAUGCGGCUUCCGAAGUGACAACGAGCAGACAUCAAUUUGAAUGAUGUCGUAUAUUUUGAUACGAAUACUUACGAAAUACAUUAAGAUUAAACGACUUUUCUAUUGACCAUCAAUCAAUCCAAUUCUCACCGAUCAAGACACAACUCGUAGUGGUGCAAAAACAACUUUCUCAAGAAACAACUGCUUACAACAAUAAGAUGAAGAUUUAUCGACUAUGUUUUUACACGAACUCUCUACCGCGCAGGCAGUCAAAAUAUGUCUUUCUGUGAACAACUUCAUAAGUAAUCACAUGUGCCAAUGCACGAGUACGACUGCAAUC